GUCGAGCUGCAAAUAUAGGCGAUCAUGGGGUUUUUCGACAGGCUGGGGAGGUUGUUGGGCUUAAAAAAGAAGGAACUUAAUGUCCUUUGUAUAGGACUCGAUAACAGUGGAAAAACCUCAAUCAUAAAUAAGCUUAAACCUGACAAGUGUCAGGCGCAAGAUAUUGUUCCUACUGUUGGGUUCACAGUAGAAAAGUUUAUAUCUCAAAGUCUUAACUUUACUGUAUUUGACAUGUCUGGUCAAGGAAGAUAUAGAAAUCUAUGGGAACAUUACUAUCAGUAAGUUUAGGAAUAAAAUGAUGUAUAUUGUGCAAUGUAAAUUUCAAAUAUAUAGUUUUUGUUUGUUUACUAAAUAGUUAGUAUGUAUGUCUUGUUCCAGAAAAUAUGGACCAUGCCCCUCUCAUGGGAGGUUUUUUACUUUGAACUCCCUCACCCCUAUGGAAGUUCCCGUUUAGCUCCAUACUGUCCUUCGAAAAUAUUUGCU